AUGUAUCCAAUCGUCAAUCCAAGCACAAUACCAGGUCCAAAUCCUAUAGCAGCUGCAAUCCAACUAAACACCUCUUCUUCUUCUUCUUCGUCUUCCUCUGCCUCUGGCGUCUCAUCCUGUUGCGAUGCUGGAAUGUGGAUAUCUUUGCAAACGUCGUCAAGAGAAGGUCCAAAAGUCCUGAGUUGUCUCCGAAAGAAGAGCAAGGCUGCCUUCGAAACUGAGUGCCUCCCGGUACUAGACCUUCAAGAUGGUUAUGGGAAGUUCAUGUACUCAAGGAACGAGAGAUUCCCUAACUCUUGUGGAAUUUCUCCUGAAAGCUUGUUUCGGGAAACGUCUAGUGACUCGAGAGCUGACAGGUUCCCCAUAGAUGAUGGGAUGUGGCCAGUGAAAGCAUUGUUUGACAAGUUUAGCACAUGA